AUGCAUUGCCCGGAGCGGUACGUCAAAAACAACGGAAUACAGCAGAGGGAAGCCAAGGAUGCUUUGACUGCGUAUAUUGAGAAAAUGGUGUGGACGUCGAACGAAAUGGUUUUGGACAUAGGAUGUGGACCGGGUGACGUGACGUCGGAUAUUCUUUAUCCUUUUUUGAAAAAUAAAAUCAAACAGUUGAUUGGCGUCGACAAAUCCGUAGAAAUGGUAGAAUAUGCUAAAAAUUCCUUUGGACGCUCCGAUAUGAAUUUCAAAGCUCUGGAUAUCGAAAACACCAACGACUGCGAUUCUUCUUAUUCUCGCGGAUUCAACAAAAUAUUUUCAUUUUUCUGCUUUCACUGGAUUCAUAAUAAAUUCGAUUCCUUGCUUAAUAUGCACUUGAUGUUGAAAAGCGGUGGAGAAAUUUUGAUUAACUUCUUGUUAAUCAAUCCGUUGGUCGAAUUGUAUAAAUUUAUGGACGAAGAAUGGCAACAAUAUAUUAAAGAUGUAAAGCAGAUGUCACAAGAUUCAUUUUCCAAAGACGAUUUGAGAGAAAUGUUCAUCAAGGCUGGAUUUCGAAUUAUCAACAUGGAAUCAAGUGUUAAAACAUAUACAUAUCCAGACUACUCAUCAUGUUUAGAUGCCGUCAGAGCUGUAGAUGAUAUGUAUAGCAAUUUGCCACAACAUUUACAUGACAGAUACGCCAUACAUGUUAGCGAUACAAUACGCGAGAAACAAAUGGUUGAAAUAUGUCCAAAUACAGGAGAAAUAAUUUUGAAAUAUCUUCCUAUAACUGUACACGCUGUCAAAGAUUAA